ACUGUUUAUCCAUGGGUGCAAACCUCGCCUCAGUUCACAGCCAUGACGAGUAUCAUAACAUUCAGAGCAUGAUCACAAAGAUCACACAUCAGCCCAAUCAGGCGUGGCUCUGAGGAUCAGACUCUCAUGUAGAGGGGCACUGGUUUUGGAGUGAUGGAACACCUUUCAGGUUUAACAGCUGGUAUCCAGGAGAGCUGAAUAAUCGCUUCAAUCAGGACUGUUUGCAAAUGAAUUAUUCAGGAAAAAAAUGCUGGGAUGAUCUAAACUGUUUCCACACAAGUCCAUCCGUCUGUGCUAAAUGCCCAAAUGAUUUGUGGGUCUGAUCUGAGUUGUGAAGCUUCAUGUGUUUGUGUUGUAUGUUGGGUGGAGGCUCCAUAUGUCAUGACACAUCUUUAUUUCUUUGCUGUAUCUGUAACGCUGCUUCAGGGAGGAAAAGACACGUUAGCCUGAGCUGGAUGCAAAGGCUGGGAUGAAA